AUGCGGCCACUCUCCUACCUGCCGCCGGCACCGGCGCCGCAGUUGCGAGCAAACCCUGGCCCCGGCUCCGGCCCCAGUCGCGGGCCCAGGCCGCAGCCGUGCGGGUUGCCGUUCCCCGACGCUCUCCGCGCGGCUGCGGCUGCGGCCGCCGUCUCCCUCUCUCUCAUCUCCGGCAACGCCGUGGGCGCGGUUUUCGCGGCGUCAGCGGCGCAGCCCACGGAGGUGUGCCGGAACGGGGGCGCGGCGAUGGUAGAGGAGGUGAGGGCCGAGGCGGUGACUAACGAGCAGCUCGUGGAGGAGGCGUGGGAGGUGGUCAACGAGAGCUUCCUCCCCGACGCCGCAAGCCGCCCGUGGUCGCCAGAGAUGUGGAUGCAAAGGAAGCAGGAUGUUCUCCAAGGCACAAUUAAAUCCCGUGCUAGAGCCCAUGAUAUCAUUCAGAAGAUGCUAGCGAGCCUUGGUGACCCUUAUACUCGGUUUCUAUCCCCCUCAGAAUUCUCAAAGAUGUCAAAAUAUGACAUGACGGGAAUUGGAUUAAACCUGCGGGAGAUUCCUGAUGACAAUGGUUCUUUUAAGUUGAUGGUAUUAGGGCUGCUGUUAGACGGGCCUGCUUACUCUGCCGGUGUUAGACAGGGUGAUGAGCUUUUAUCAGUCAACGGCGUUGAUGUAAGGGGUAAAUCUGCAUUUGAUGCUUCAUCCAUGCUGCAAGGUCCAAAGGAGACGUUUGUUACGAUUAAGGUUAAGCACGGUGACUGUGGUCCUGUUGAGUCAAUGAAGGUGCAGAGACAACUAGUUGCUCGAACUCCAGUUUUCUAUCGUUUGGAGAAAAGAGAAAAUGAUGAUUCAUCUGUUGGGUAUAUUCACAUUACAGAGUUCAAUGCAGUGGCCAAAAAAGAUUUGGUUAGUGCGCUUAAACGUCUACAGAAUUCAGGCGCCUCCUAUUUUGUUCUGGAUUUGAGGGACAAUCUUGGUGGACUAGUGCAAGCUGGAAUCGAGAUAGCAAAGCUCUUUCUGAAUAAAGGAGACACAGUCAUUUAUACUGCUGGCCGGGAUCAUCUAGUCCAAAACACAAUUGUUGCUGAAAGUGGACCUAUGAUUGAUACUCCCCUUAUGUUGCUGGUGAAUAAUAGGACAGCAAGCGCCAGUGAAAUAGUUGCUUCAGCACUUCAUGACAAUUGCAAAGCUGUUCUUGUUGGCGAAAGGACUUUUGGCAAGGGGUUAAUCCAAUCUGUAUUUGAACUUCAUGAUGGUUCUGGUAUUGUCGUCACAGUUGGCAAGUACGUGACACCAAACCACAAGGAUAUCAAUGGGAAUGGAAUAGAACCGGAUUACAACCGUCUUCCUGAUUUCAAUGAAGCCAGAGAUUACCUUUCACGAUGCCGAAUUAAAGAAUUAAGCUGA